CGGGUGUGCCAGCCGACGGACUCCGGACACUCCCGCUGGGCCUUGAGGCGCUUGGGGCGCUGUCACUCGGUGCCGGCAACGCUGGUCCGCCUUGCCUCCGGCGCCGUCCGGAGCCGCGGACCGCCGGUGCCAGGGAGAAGCGUGGGUGCCCCUCUUUUCCUUCCCCCGCCUACCCUUUGAUCCUGCCUCGCACUGCGUCCCCACGCGAGCCCUUGGCUGGCCUCCCGCGUGCCGGCGGCGCCGUGGACAUGCCGACCCGCCGGCCAGCUGCGCUCCGUACCGGUCCCCUCAAACCCUCCCAGAGCCUCUCGGGCUCACUGUGUGCCCUGUUUUCUGAUGCAGACUCGGCGUCUGGGAUGAAGGCGGAGCUUUCUCCUCGGCCUGGGGCAGCAGGGAGGGAGCUGACCCAAGAAGAGAAACUGCAGCUUCGGAAGGAAAAGAAACAGCAGAAGAAGAAACGGAAGGAGGAAAAGGGGGCAGAACCAGAAACUGGUUCUGCUGUAUCUGCAACCCAGUGUCAAGGAGGCCCAGCCAAGGAGCUGCCAGCACCUGGCAGUCAGUUGGGUACUGCUGGAGAGAAAGUGCCAGCUGGUCGGAGUAAAGCGGAGCUUCGUGCGGAGCGGCGAGCCAAGCAGGAGGCUGAGCGGGCCCUGAAACAGGCCAGGAAAGGUGAACAAGGAGGGCCGCCGCCUCAGUCCUGCCCCAGUACAGCCGCCGAAAGCCCCUCAGGAGUGAAACAUCUCCCUGAGCACACCCAGGCUGAUGACCCCACACUCCUGAGGAGGCUUGUUAAAAAACCAGAGCGACAGCAGGUUCCUACACGAAAAGAUUAUGGAUCCAAAGUCAGCCUCUUCUCCCACCUACCCCAGUACAGCAGACAGAACUCUCUGACCCAGAGUAUGAGCAUCCCAUCCUCUGUGAUCCACCCAGCCAUGGUGCGCCUCGGCCUGCAGUAUUCCCAGGGCCUGGUCAGUGGCUCCAAUGCCCGGUGCAUUGCCCUGCUUCGUGCCUUGCAGCAGGUGAUUCAGGAUUACACAACACCACCAAAUGAAGAGCUCUCAAGGGAUCUAGUCAAUAAACUAAAGCCCUAUUUCAGCUUCCUGAAUCAGUGCCGCCCCCUGUCGGCAAGUAUGUACAACGCCAUCAAGUUCCUUAACAAGGAGAUCACGGGUGUGAGCAGCUCCAAGCGGGAAGAGGAGGCCAAGUCAGAACUUCGAGCAGCACUUGAUCGGUAUGUGCAAGAGAAGAUUGUGCUUGCAGCUCGGGCAAUCUCACGCUCUGCUUAUAAGAAGAUCAGUGAUGGCGAUGUGAUCCUGGUGUAUGGAUGCUCAUCUCUGGUGUCACGGAUUCUUCAGGAGGCUUGGAUGGAGGGCCGGCGAUUUCGGGUAGUAGUGGUGGACAGCCGGCCACGGCUGGAGGGAAAGCACAUGCUACGCGCUCUGAUCCGUGCUGGAGUCCCUGCCUCCUACGUGCUGAUUCCUGCGGCCUCCUAUGUGCUCCCAGAGGUUUCUAAGGUGCUAUUGGGAGCUCAUGCACUCCUGGCCAAUGGGUCCGUGAUGUCUCGGGUGGGGACAGCACAGCUGGCUCUGGUGGCACGAGCCCAUAAUGUGCCAGUGCUGGUCUGCUGUGAGACGUACAAGUUUUGUGAGCGUGUGCAGACUGAUGCCUUUGUCUCCAAUGAGCUAGAUGACCCUGACGACCUGCUGUGUGAGCGAGGAGAACAUGUGGCACUAGCUAACUGGCAGGACCACAAGUCGCUGCGGUUAUUGAACCUGGUCUAUGAUGUGACUCCCCCAGAGCUCGUGGACCUGGUGAUCACAGAGCUGGGGAUGAUCCCCUGCAGUUCUGUACCUGUUGUCCUACGAGUCAAGAGUAGUGACCAGUGAGUGGAGGAACACCCGGUCAAUAAAGGACAUAUCUCUUCACCCAGCAA